CGGAAGCUGAGCAUGCUGCUGCUGCUCAGUGGAUUCGGUCCCAGCACGGUCCUAACCCGGGUGAAAGUCGAACCUAUCCCGGGUUAAACUAUUCUCCCGGGUCGGUUUGCUGUCGCUUCUGGUUCAGGAUCUUCCUCCAGAUAAACAGUCAGUCGGGUGUGUGUCCGGUCCGGCCGCUGUGAUGUCCGUCAUCAUCCGGACGCGAGGCGAGGCGGGGGGGGGCGUGGCUGCUCACCUGCACUGCCCCCACUGCGGCCACUGGUCCAAGAGCCACGCCCAGCAGCUGACCCACGUGGCCGCGGCCCACCCCAGCUGCCUGGACGAGGUGGAGGUGGGGCGACUGGGGACCAUCGUGACGUACCAGAGCUCCGCCCACCUGUUCCACUGCUCCGUCUGCUUCUUCACCUGCAAGGACUUCACCAAGCUCUACAAGCACAUCAUCUCCAAGCACUGCCUGGACGACAGGGGGGGGAAGAAGAUGGGAGAGGAAGGUGAGGAGGAGGCUCUGAAAAGGAAGAGGAGCAGUGAGGAGGAGGCCCAGGAUGAGGAUGGCGCCCCCCUGGAGGCGGAGUCACAGGGAAGCGUCCUGACGUACGACGGCAGCAUCUACCGCUGCCUGAUCUGCGGCUGCGAGAACAAGCUGAAGGUCGUGAGCGUGAACCACGUGAUGAAGAAACACGACAUCCCCAAGGCCUACGCCUCCCAGGCCAUCAGGAGGGACGUGGUCACGCUGCGGACGCCGCUGAGCAGCACGCCGGGGGAGGAGGAGGCGGGGGGGGGGAUGACCGGCGAGCUGCUGAGCGAGGAGAUGAAGGCCACGGCCAAGCUGCUGACCUUCACCUCCAACCGCUUCGUGUGCCUCCUCUGCGGCUGGAAGACCAAACUGAAAGGUUUCGCCAUCAGCCACGUGGCGCGCAGCCACGACGUGGAGCGCCCGUACGGCUGCACGGAUUGCUCCGCCUCCUUCUUCCUGCCGAGCCGCCUGCAGCAGCACGUGAGGACGGCCCACCGGCCCGGGCGCUACGCCUGCCCCUUCUGCUGCUUCAGGUCGCACUACCUGGGCGGCUUCAGGAGGCACUGCAGCCGCUGCAACGCCCGGGAGGAGGGGGGGGCGGGCGGGGCGGCGGGAGGGGCGGGGCACGUCACUGAAGCUUCAGACUGUGCUGUGCCCAGAGUGCAAUGCAUCCUGGGAAAGGCCAAGAGGGUUACCUGCUAG